UGGACCUCCCUCUGUCCGUCUCCGUGUGCUGCUGCGGUCACUCCGCUGCCGGUGGCCCCCACACACACAGCCCAAUGUCAGGCCGCAGGGUCGGUUUCUGUCUCAGCGAUAAGAAGCGCCGGAGGAUGAACCUGGACGCCUUUGCAGAGUUCUGUGCGGGCCAUGGAGUGGAAGUGGUGGAGAUUGACCUCGCUCAGCCACUCAUAACCCAGGGACCCUUCGACGUUAUUGUACAUAAGCUGUCUGAUGUCAUUGUGGAGGCUGAGCAUGACAGCCAAUCACAGCAGCUCCUCACCAACUUCCAGAGUUAUGUGUCAGCUCACCCAAGCACAGUUCUUCUGGACCCCCUGCCUGCGAUGACCCAGCUUUUGGACCGCUUUGCCUCUUAUCGGAUCAUGAGCAAGCUGCACAACUCACUUCGAGACUGGCAUAUCUGCAGUCCUCCUUACCUAGAGAUCCACAGUUCCAGCGACGUGUCAUCCCUUCAGCAGGCUGUGAUGACUCAGGGCAUAAGCUUUCCUCUCGUUUGUAAGACCAGAGUGGCCCAUGGUUCAUUAUCCCAUGAGAUGUCUCUGAUCUUCAGUGCAGGGAGUCUGGCUGAUAUCCAUCCUCCCUGUGUGCUCCAGAGCUUCGUCAACCACGGAGCUGUCCUGCACAAGGUUUUUGUUGUCGGAGACAGACACUUCUGUGUGGAGAGGCCCUCACUCAAGAACUUCCCCUCCGGUCCCUGUGACAGGAAGACCAUCUUCUUCAACAGCCACCAGGUGUCCAAGCCAGAGUCAAGCUCCGAUCUCACAGCAUUGGAUGAACAGGUGCCGUGCUUGCCUCCUCCCAGCUCUGAGGCUGUGGCCGCCCUGGUCAGAGAGCUCCGAACUCAGCUUGGCAUGGCCCUGUUCGGCGUGGACGUCAUCAUCAACUUACACACACACACCCUUACCGUCAUCGACAUCAACAUCUUCCCAGGCUACGAAGGAGUGCCCCAGUUUUUCUCCUCUCUGCUCAGCCACAUUGAGUCAGUGUUUAACAAACAGACCUUCGCUGGCCCCCAGGCUACCAGCUUUCCUGAGUCAGCACAGACUAAAGGUGGUCCAUCUGCUGCAACAACUGGUCUUUGAGUCACUUCAGGAACAGAUUGUGGAUUGUGUUUGUUUCAUCAGCUUCCCAGGACAAAUAAAGUCACAGGCACUGG